AUGUUAGCCAAACGUUUAGUAGGUCAACUAAGUGCAUCCAAUAAUGAUGAAGAAUCAAUGAUUUCAAAAUUAAAACAAGCAUGUGGUGUUGCAUAUACUUCGAAAUUACAACGAAUGUUUCAAGAUAUUGGUGUUAGUAAAAAUUUAAUUGAUCAAUACCGAACAUAUUGUGAAAACAAUAAACUCGAUGAUAUUGUUGAUUUUUCUGUAAUGGUUCUCAGUUCCAAUUCAUGGCCAUUUUCUACGCUACUAAAUGUUGUUUUACCAAUUGAACUUAAGAGAACAUUUGAGAGUUUCACUAAAUAUUAUACUCAGCAACAUAAUGGUCGUACGUUAAUAUGGCUUUAUCAACAUUCACAAGGAGAUUUACAAACAUUGUAUACAAAACAAAAAACAUACUCUAAAUUUUUACUUUUAUUUAAUAAACUUUCAAGUUGGACAGUUGAACGAAUGCAAGAUGAAACACAAAUCAAAGUUGAUUUAUUCUUGCAAGUUCUUUGUGGUUUAUUAAAAAGUAAAUUGAUUACGUGUCCAGAAAUUAAUGAUGGUGAACUUGACAAAGAUUUGAAAGAAACUGAUAUUAAAAUGAGUUCUAAUAUUCAGAUAGCUGAUGAUUUUAAAAGGUCAGUAUGUUCUACUAAUCAUUUGAUUAAGAAUUUAUAA